GUAAAAAAGAGAAACCUUCAUGUCAUACUAAUUAUGGGAAGAAGUUGCAAUCUUCUCUUUGCUCUUGCAGUUUUCAUUCUAUUACAUGGUCAUACUUCACUUGCUACUGUUCCUAAUAUUAACACUGAUGAAGCCGCUCUUUUUGAACUGAAAUCUCACAUUUUUAUGGAUCCUAACAACAUCUUAGCAAGAAACUGGUCUUCUUCCGGCCCAGUUUGCAGCUGGAUCGGAAUCACUUGCAGCUCCCGCCACCAUCGAGUCAUUGCUUUAGACAUUUCUAGCAUGCAGCUUCAUGGCACCAUUCCUCCACACCUUGGAAACCUCUCAUUUCUUUCUUCCCUUGACAUUAGUAACAACACUUUCCAUGGGGGUUUUCCGGAAGAGUUGUCUCAUUUGCAAAGGUUGAAAUUGAUUAAUGUCAAAAGCAAUAACUUCACCGGAGCCAUUCCAUCAUUUUUAAGUUUGUUACCAAAUCUAUGCUUUGUGUACCUCUCGAGCAACCGAUUUUCAGGGAAAAUUUCAUCCUCCCUUUCCAAUCUGACAAAGCUGGAAGUGUUGAGCUUGUCGAGUAAUUUUCUCAAAGGAGAGAUCCCUCGAGAAAUCGGUGUUCUUCGUUACUUGAUUGUCCUAAACCUGCAAGAUAAUCAGCUUACUGGCUCUAUACCAGCAUCAAUAUUUAACAUUACUACAAUGCAAACAAUUGCUCUUACCGACAAUAAUCUGACUGGAAAGCUUCCAAAAACUAUAUGUGAUCAUCUUCCAAACUUGAAAGGGCUUCACCUCUCAAGCAACUCCCUAGCUGGAGUUAUUCCACCAAACCUGGAGAAAUGCCGAAAACUUCAAAUAUUGUCUUUGUCUUACAAUGAGUUCAUUGGAACUGUACCAAGGGAGUUAUCCAACUUAACAGCUCUUACAGAAUUAUAUCUUGGAUUACAACACUUGGAAGGAGAGAUACCAGCGGAGCUAGGUAGUCUUAAGAAACUACAGCUGCUGAUGCUAGUCCAGAAUGUGUUUACUGGUUCUAUCCCUGAUAGCAUUUUCAAUAUAUCAGCACUGCAGAUCCUAGAUUUUUCAAUGAACAAGCUUUCAGGCACUCUACCUUCAGAUUUAGGUGGUGGAAUGCCCAAUCUAGAAGAACUUUAUUGUGGAGGAAAUGGUCUGAUUGGUUUUAUCUCUGAUUCAAUAUCAAAUUCUUCAAGGCUCAGAAUGGUUGAUCUCUCAGACAACAGUUUCACAGGUAUUAUUCCUGAAUCACUAGGUAACUUAGAGUACCUUGAGGUUCUGAACUUGGAGCUGAAUAAUUUUAUCAGUGAUUCAUCAUUGAGCUUCCUUACAUCAUUAACAAACUGUAGGAAACUAAGAGCACUCCGGUUUAAUGAGAAUGCAUUGGAUGUGCCUUUAUCGGCAUCUGUUGGUAAUUUCUCAAACUCACUGCAAAAUUUUCAAGGAAAUGGCUGUAAGCUAAAGGGAAUCAUUCCACGAGAAAUUGGUAAUCUUACUGGAGUGAUACAUAUGAGUUUGUAUAACAAUGAGUUGAAUGGACAUAUUCCAAAUACUGUCAAAGACAUGUUGAACCUUCAAGAAUUUUAUCUACAAAGCAACGAGAUUAAAGGAACCAUACCAAAUAUUAUAUGCAGUUUAAAGGAUCUUGGUGCAUUAGACUUGUCAGGAAAUCAUAUUUCUGGUUCAAUGCCCUCAUGCUUAGGGAAUGUUACUAGUUUGAGGAAACUUCAUCUAGCUUACAACAGGCUAAAUUCUAGAUUACCUGCAAACUUGGGGAACCUUCAAAACCUCUUAGAAUUCAAUGUUUCAUCCAAUUUAUUAAGUGGUCAUAUUCCUCUGGAGUUGGGAAAUUUAAAGGCAGUGACACUCAUUGAUUUGUCAAAAAAUGAUUUUACUGGUAAAAUUCCUAACACUCUAGGUGGUCUAGCUGAAUUGAUUGAUCUUUCUCUAGCACAUAAUAGAUUAGACGGGCCUAUUCCAGAUUCAUUUGGCAAAAUGUUGUCAUUGGAAUUCUUGGAUUUGUGCAAUAACAAACUUAGUGGUGAAAUUCCAAAGUCAUUAGAAACUCUUGUGUAUCUCAAAUACAUGAAUUUCUCAUUCAAUAAACUCAGUGGAGAAAUUCCCAUUGGUGGUCCUUUUAAAAAUGUCACCAGCCAAUCUUUCCUGUCCAAUGAUGCACUCUGUGGUGACUCCCGGUUUAAUGUAAAACCAUGUCAAACCAAAUCAACAGAGAAGCCAAGAGGAAAAAGAGUGCUUAUUGGUUUAUAUACAUUGUUAGGGAUUGGAUCACUCCUUGCGUUGGCCGUUGGAUAUGUGGUGUUAAGAUUGAGAAAGACAAAGAAGAAUGCAAGUCAAGCAGACGUGUCUCUGGUAAAAGAGCAUGAAAGAAUUUCCUAUUAUGAACUUGAACAUGCAACAGAAGGAUUCGACGAAAGCAACUUGCUCGGUACUGGGGGUUUUAGCAUGGUCUACAAAGGGAUACUUAAUGAUGGUACUCUUUUGGCAGUAAAGGUAUUCAAUGUGCAAUUGGAGGGUGCAUUCAAAAGUUUUGACACAGAAUGUGGGAUACUCCGGAACCUUCGUCACAGAAAUCUGACCAAAGUCAUAACAAGCUGCUCCAACCUUGAUUUCAAGGCCCUCGUCUUGGAAUACAUGCCCAAUGGGACACUUGAUAAAUGGUUAUACUCUCACAACUUGUUCUUGAAUUUAUUGCAGAGAUUAGAUAUAAUGAUAGAUGUUGCAUCUGCAAUAGACUAUCUCCACAAUGGCUAUUCAACACUUGUGGUGCAUUGUGACUUGAAGCCAAGCAAUGUCUUGCUAGAUCAAGAAAUGGUUGGUCAUGUCAGUGAUUUUGGCAUUGCAAAAUUGUUAGGUGCAGGGGAGGCUUUCGUUCAAACAAGGACAAUUGCAACCAUUGGAUAUAUUGCUCCAGAGUAUGGACAAGAUGGAAUAGUAUCCACGAGUUGUGAUGUUUAUAGUUUUGGCAUCCUGAUGAUGGAGACGUUCACAAGAAGAAGACCAAGUGAUGAAAUAUUUACUGGAGAAUUGAGCAUACAGUGUUGGGUUAGUGAUUCCUUCCCAAGUGGAAUUCAUAAGGUGGUUGAUUACUAUUUGGUGCAGACAAUGGAUGAACAAACUAAUGCAAAGAUGCAAUGUUUGUUAUCUAUCAUGGAAUUAGCUUUGAGUUGCACUUUAGUGGUACCUGAUGCAAGAAUUAGCAUGAAAGAUGCUCUUUCAACACUAAAAAAGAUUAGGUUACAACUUGUCAAUAGUCGGCACUAGGUGGAAUCGGACCGUCUACUCUUGUAUGUUAUUUAAUUACCUAUGCAAGUUGGGUUAAGAUUUUAAUUUUGCACAAGUACUUAAGUGGGUUUAAUCACGGCUGUAGGAAGCAACUUGUUUUGAUUAUAUAUGGAAGUCGAAAAUGAGAAGUACAA